UCGAGAUGAAGAGAUGGUGGAGGGGGGGGGGGGAAUCAUUAUAGGAGUGAUUGAAUAAAGAUAGAUAGACAGAGAGGGGGAUCAUAUCACUCAAGAUCACUGGGGGGGGGGGCAGUUCCAUACACUCAUCGCGUCGCUGAACUAUUGAAAACAAAUAUGGGUCGCUGCAGCUUAGAUCGCUCAUAAUUAGGGAUUUAGGUGUAUAGUGUACAAAAUAUCCCGCAUUCCUUUCCAUGGCUAAAAAAAUAAAAACGCGGGAUAGUGUAGUGAGUGAGUCCUUACUAAUAAUAUUGUACUAAAUUCUGUCGCCAGAAUAAAAGAAAGUAUUAACCUAUAGAUCGAGCCGCUUCCCCAUUUGUAUUUUUUUUGGGGGUGGUGGUCCCAGUGGCUAUGGGGUAGCUCCGGGGGUAGCUCUGAUGUAAAUAAUUUGAACCCAUAUUGGAGAGGGUCAGGGGCGGCGGAACGUAAUUUCGUUUGGGUGUCAAAGUAAAAAAGGGGCACUUAUACGUGCCAAAAAGGGCAUUUUGGUGCAAACGGAUACUUUCACCAUGAGAUUUAUCAUCUGUGUGAAGAAGUUGUGUGUGUUGUAGUAAAUAAGUUGAGCAAAGUUUUUUUUAAAGUGAUUUCUAAUUGAUAAGAUGUAUAUAUAGGUUUUAGUUUUUCGAAAACUAGCGACCAGUUUUUGGAAAGAAAUCAUAUCUGAAGUUGUGAAACUAGCUUUUUGGUCAAUUAUAAACCUAUAAAACUCUUGACUGAAGGCGUCCUUGCGAGAUGUUCCGAGCGCGAAUCAGGAGCUCAAACUUUUUGAAGUUUCAUGUAAUUAGACAUGAAAAGUAAACAUUCCGAGCAGUUCUUGUAUCAUGAAAAAAGGAUGUGGAUCCAACUAAAGAAUUAAUGCGAGCGCGAAGCGCGCGGCUGAAAUUUUAAAUAUACCGACCUGAAAAAGAACCGUUUAAAGACUGCAUUUAGUGACUCAUGAAUAUAAUACGAGCUACAUAAUCUCAUCAAUCGAAUAAUGCGAGUGCGAAGCGAGCUGAAAAUUUGUGAUAUUCUAACCAGAAAGCUGGACAUAGGCCUAUAGGCAUUUUAUUUAACCAGGAACAUAAUGACUCCCUUAAUAAUGGUGCGAGCGCAAAACAUGAGCAAACAAUGUGUGAUAUUCCAACCUGUAAUCUGGACAUUCUAAGAAUUUUUGUAUGAACAGGAUAAAUAUCUUACUGAACAAUUAUUGAUGCAAGCUCGAAGCGCGAGCCAGAAAAUUGUGAUUUUCUAACCUGAAAACUGGAUAUUCUAAGCACUUUUUGUAUGCAGGAACAGAAUGAGUACCUUAAACAAUAAACAUUACUUGAUGCGAGCGCGAAACACAAGCACAAAAUAUGUGAAAUUCCAACCUGAGAACUGAACAUUCUAUGCAUUUUUGUAACCAUAAUUUAUUAGGACGAGUAUACCUUAAUAUACGAAACUGAUAAACAUUUUGUGAUUUUCUAACCUGGAAUGUAUUACGUUUUACUUCAAAAAGGGUAUUUCAUUUUGAAAAAGGGCACAUUUCAUUUUGAAAAAGGACAUUUUCCAUUUUGAAAAAGAGACAUUUUUUCCAACAGGGAUUUUUUUGGGGGGAGGGCCCCCCCCCCAGUUCCGCCGCCCCUGGGAAGGGUAGGUGAGGGAUCCCCUCAAUCUCGAUUGGUCGGGUGUUUUAUCAGACAACACCUGUUUUUUUUCCUCCCGACACUUUAUAGAAACUAUGUUUCUAAGUCAAUCAAAAUCAAGGAAAGAAAUCAUAUCAGAUUCGAUAAUUUGACAGACAAAAUAGUUGACGAAACACUCGAUAAUGCGGCGAACGCAUAUGCUCGAUCCUUUUUUUCGGCUAGUUGGCGCUCGGACAUUUAACUCUAUGCGCUCGGAUGUCACGUACGGAGUUCGAACGAACUUGCAAUUAAUUCUUCUUUGAAAUCAUCUCCACUUCGUUGUAAGAGCUAGGGAGAAGCAAUCAUGCCUCCUCUUACACUCUUCCUCAACGAGGACGUCACAAAACUCCUUCACAACAAGUAUGUUGUUAUCUUGGGAGAUUCCAUCCAGCGAGGGAUCUACAAGGACCUUGUUGCUCUCUUACAGGGUAAUGAAUACCUAUCAUCGCAAGAUCUCAAGGCCAAGGGUGAGAAGAAUUUCAUGAAUGAUGUACUGAUGGAAGGAGGUAUUAUGCAUAAUGGCAUCAAUUAUAGAGAAGUAAGACAAUACAGGACCGAUUAUCAUCUAGUCAGGUUUUACUUCAUCACCAGAAUCUUCAACAAAUAUUGGGAGAACAUCAUCUUUCCAGACUUGCAGGGAGAGCCUGUGCCUGACGUGGUCAUCAUGAACUCUUGCCUUUGGGACGUUUCCCGUUACGGCCAAAAAUACUGCAUGACCUCCUUCAAGCGUAAUGUAGAGACAACCUUCAGCAAACUCAACAGCAUCCUCCCGAUUGAAACCCUCAUCAUCUGGAACACCGCCCUGCCUGUAGCUCGUGAUAUCAAAGGAGGGUUCCUGCUUCCGGAGCUCAAGGAUCUUAGCAAGACCAUGCGCUUGGAUGUCCUCAAGGCCAACUACUAUGCCAAAGAGCUGGCAAAGUGCUACGAGAUUGAUGUUCUUGAUCUCAACUACUUCUUCCGUAAUCAGAUGCAUCGACAGGUUGGGGAUGGUGUGCACUGGAACUAUGUGGCUCACCGGAGGAUCUCCAACUUGAUCUUGGCCCACAUCGCAGUGUCCUGGGGUGUUGGGUGCCCAAGAGGUAAGGAUUCAUUGAAGCUUUCUGAGAACCUUUACUUUGACUUUGAGACAGAAGAUGAAAAGGCUUCUCGGAAGGCAUUGGAGCAGGGUGACCGGAAGACUGAUUCACCAGCGUUCACGGAAACAAAAGAGAACGUCAGUCACUCCAUAUCUAGCAAAGACAAACCUACAAGCACUGUUAGAUUGGAAGAAAAGUCUGGUGAGAAGUUGGCAAGGCCUUCUGAUGCUGACAACAUGAAAGAUUUUAACAAGGACGAUGGUAAAUCUGUCUUGGUUUCUAAGGUCAAGGAUGACAAAGAUGGCAGAAGAUCACAGAGUCCAAUUGAAAUGAAUGCUCCAAGGAGUUCUAGAAACCCCCUCGAACAAGACCGUCCACCAAGCCGUCCUUCAAGCCGAUCUUCAAACCGAUCAGAAGAUCGGGCUGAUUCGGGUAAGAGGCACCAAGGAGACAGAUCUCCAACUCGUACAAACACCCCACCCAUUGGAGGAACGAGGCCUGCUCCUCUUGUAGAGCUUAAGCCUAUGGACAUUGGUAAUACUCCCAAGGAUUCGCUUCAUUUGCCAAGGUCAAGACCAAGGUCACCAGGGCAUUCAUUCAAGAGCAGCUUACCAAGAGCCGGUGGGAGAUACCAGCCUUAUCCCAAUCAGAACAGCGUACAUCCAAACUUCUAUCCUCAAAACCAACCACAGUCCUGGCUUCCAAGUCAACCAGUUACACCCCGGCCUUACUAUCCUCAGCCACAGUACAUGCCAUACCAAAAUCCACAAGCCUUGAUCCAUCAAUACCCACAAGACGCUAGACAUUUCCUCAACCCAUACCAGGUGCCGAACCUUCAGUACGACAACCGUAUGCGCCAGCGAUUGGCUGCAGAGCGUAACCUGGAGGUCAUGCACGGCUUCUUGCAGGGAGAUGUGUACGGGUUGCUGUGAGAAAGAUAUCUCGACCAAAAAUGUGCAUCAUUCUUUUUCUCUUAAAUUAAAACUGAACACGUACAUGCCAAAUGUUUUAGAACAAAUUGAUGCCACGAGAAUGAACUUCUUUUCCGAUGAAUGAUCAACUUUUUUCAAACUCAUGUGCCAUUUGAUUUAGGGUUAGAUCAGGUUCCCGUAACCUAAAGGUGAGCGAUUGAUUGUACACUUGAUUUUCACGAUUGAUUGUGCAUUGUGGUAAUUGCAAUCAUUAUUAAAGAUAUUUUUCCACGAUGAUUCCUAAGUUUUGUGUUACAGGUCCCAAGUCUUCCUUUAACUCCCAAGGUGAUGAAGUCGAUGGCCAAGGGCAUCUAACUCGACUAUCUUAAUGCUCUUGAAAUUCCCUCGCUACCAAUAAUGAUUCUGAAGCUAUUUUUCACGAGAUGGCCUUGCCUUCCUGAGAGCGUACUGUGAGGGCUGGAUUAGAUAAACACAUCUUUUGGGGGCAGAUCUCAUUUAUUAUAGAAUAGAAUAUGAAUGAGAUGCCAAUUUUUGAGCUAAAAAAAAAUAAUGAAACAAAGUUUAACUGCAUAUCAGAAAAAGAUAUAAUUACAUUCAACUUCGCACAUUUUGUUUGACGGAUCAACGUCAAAUUCAUCCAAUUACAAGUGAAAAUGAUCUGAUGAGAAUUACUGUAUUAGGGUAACAGGGUCACAUGUCAUCCAUUGCUAUAUCUUGUUCUCCAAGCAUGGCUCGUCUAUGCAUAUGGGAGGGGCAACAUUUUUAAAAAGAUUUCGGAUCUUCAAGAUCCAAGGUCACAUAGAUCAUUGUAUAUCUAAAAUUAUGUCUUAUGGUGAAUGAAGAACUACAUGUGUAUGACGAUCAGUUUCAAACUUGGCUGAUAAAUGUAUAUUUGACUAAGGAUGAUCCGAUCAUGUACAUUUUGGGGUCACAAGAUCAACAAAGUCAUUUAAUCUGACGAUUUAAGAAGUUAUGUUUGUAAAAUAUUCUUUACAUUGGCAUUGUAUGAGGCAUACAUGUAAAUUUUGAAUGUGUGCAUUGUGCAGUCAAGAAUCUGUCUAGUUUUUGAUCGAAACCAGAUGAACUUUCUAGUUAAGCCUGCAUUCACAAAAGUACUUAAACCAUGCAUUAAAUCUUAAAGUGUGCCUGGCAUAUGUAACAACUGUGUUUGAUAUGUUUGGGUUUUUUUUACAUUCCUAUAUUGGUCUUCUGAUUACUUGACAACAUGCUUUUUUAGAAAAAUAAUUUUUAAUCAUUGAUCAUAAAGACAUGGAUACUUCAUUGUUUGAGACUUUGAGUAGAAAUAGAUCUGAUGAACUUUUUAUAUUGAAAUUAUGUACUGUAUCACAUUUUCCUAUCCAUGGAUAAUUGGCCCAUACAAUUUAUAUGGAUAAAAUGAUUGUCUUUUUUUUUUGGGGGGGGAGAGAAUUGUAAUUUGCUGUUCC